AUGCUUCUCACAUCUGGGCAUGUCUGGGCAUUUUGUCUUCGUCCAACAAGGCGUGCCGGUUCCGAGCUUGCCGUGUGCACCUCCACGCCAUGCCAUGCCUCGGCGCAACUGCAGCGGCAGAGACGGCGACACCUGCACGAGGUGUUCUCGGAAUCCCACAAGGAAAGCCACGUCGGCAAGCUGGAUGAGCUGGGACGUGCCAGGUAUGCAAAUGCGAGCUUGGAGAAAGCCGGCGCACCAGGGGUGAUCCAAGGCUUGUCUUGGUGCAAGACGGUGCUGCUGGAGCAGGAGGAUUUGGACCAAGAUGAUGAGAUUCGCCUUCUGGACAUAGGCAGUUGCAACAAUGCGUUGGAUUCGGAGCUGACCACCAGUGAGCGUCAUCAGCUGUUCUGCCCAGGCACAAGCGCGCUGUCCGUGAAGGACGGCAGCUUGUGGCACUCCCCGCUGAAAGCUUUGACGCAUGCCUCCUGUCCAUGGUGCUGCAUCAUUGGUCACCGGACAUGCAGCAACAAGCUCUGGAUACAGUCCACCGACUGCUCAUCCAUCAGGGCUUGUUGUUGGUGGUGGAGAAUCGUGCUUGGGACUCCGGGGUGUGCUUGUCGCAUGAUGGCUUCGCUCUUGAACGACGGCAGCGGCUUGCCGGAUGCUCUUUGCGGGGCCUGGUGCUCCGUGCAUGUGAGCCGAAAGAACGCAGUUCUGCUUCCGGACACGCGAAAUUUGCUGCGCAGGAACAUGCGCGCAGAGUAUUUGAUCAUGGCCUGGUCACGCCAGUCGACGUAUGUCAAUACCGAAUACCAGGCUAUGCACGCCCUGAAGUGCGACAAGGACUUCGAGCCCUCACCUCGCCUUCCAACUCCUUUGCGUUCAUUGCUGAAGCCGACUUCCGCCAAGGACGUGCCAGAAGGCAUUGUGCCGUCAGCCAUCCACAAGGACGUUCUGAUGGACUGGACCCCCAAGUCUGGCACGGAGAUCACUUUGGCCCCAACAUCUCGUAGCAUGGAGGCAGUGAUUGUGGACUCGGAUGCCAGAGAUGCCAAAGUACGGCAAAGAAUGCCAGUCUUCGAGAAGGCCUUGCAGACUAUGCAAAGGUCUGGCUCCCCCGGCCUUCGUGGGGCUGAGCUGCGUGCGCAGCUGGAGGGCCAGCGCGGGCUUCCGUCAGAUCCAUUAUUGGACAACCAAAGCUCGGCCGGAAGGGCCAUCAGCUGGAAGCCAACCGCUACGCCACAGACCUGCUCUCCCUCGUGCGCAGCCUUCGGCGGACCGAUUAGCUCGAGGUACGUGAGCUGGCUGCCAGCCACCGCAGGAAGGGCCGUGCAGGAACCCACCUCCAUCUCAGUCAAGGUUGUCCGGCAUGCUAGCUGGGCCCCUGCAGCCAUGCCUGUCAGCGGCAUUCCACAAGUGGGCACCAUUCUUGAGGCCAAGGCGCAGGCGUGGGCCAAGGCCUUCGCCGCGGCCUCGCAGCACAGCUAUGCAGCCUUUCGGACCAUCAGCCAAUCUCGGACAACCUCUCGGCGCAUCGUAGGCUACUCUGUGACUAUCCGCCCACGCCCGGUGCGAACUUCUGAGAGGAAGCUGCAAGUCUAG